UCUGAUGUUGCACAAGUUGUUUGGUAACAUGCAUGUUGUAAAACACUUUGGUUGGUGCCAUACCUACCUGUUCAUCGUGGCAGCCCCGUAGAAAGCAAAGAAAUCUCAAGACAUUCGAGUAGUUUCCAGCGGUGGACUCUUAUUUCCUGGAUUCGUAAAGCUUCAUUUGUGCCAACAAGAUGCCUGAGGGACCAGAGCUCCACCUGGCCAGCCUUUAUGUUAACAAAAUGUGCGAGGGAGUGGUGUUUACUGGAGCGGUCAGAAAAUCUGAAGUCAGCAAGAGUCCUGAUGUGCCCUUCAACUGUGACGCCUAUCGCAUUACAGCCACAUCCAGAGGGAAGGAAGUGAAGCUCACACUGACACCCAUAAAGAGUGAUGAGCCGAAGCAAAAACUAAAGGCAGGGCUGGCUGACCAGCCCUUUGACAUUGUCUUUCGCUUUGGGAUGUCAGGUUUUUUCCGCCUCACCACAGAGGAUGAAGUUCCCAAACAUUCUCAUCUGCGUUUCUAUACCAAAGAAAAGCCCUGCAGGGUGCUGAGCUUCGUAGAUGUACGCAGGUUUGGCAGCUGGCAGCCCAAUGGGACAUGGCAGCCUGGUAGAGGGCCCUGCAUUAUGUUUGAGUACAGAAGCUUCAGGGAGAAUGUCUUGUCACACCUGUCUGAUCAUGCUUUUGACCGACCCAUCUGUGAAGCUUUGCUCAAUCAGAAGUACUUCAAUGGCAUCGGGAACUACCUGAGGGCUGAAAUCCUUUUCAGGCUGAACAUCCCGCCCUUUGUGUCCGCCCGGACUGUGCUGGAAGGCCUUGAGUCAGAUGAUUUCUGUGAAAACGACAAGCCUGUGAAAAGUGAGAACUCGAACAAAAAGAAGACAGACAGAGCUACAAAGAAAAAGGUGAAAGAGGAGACAGGCGACCUGCUGAGGCUGUGUCAUACAGUUCCUCUGGAGGUUGUGAACCUGGGUGGAAAAGGCUACGAUCCUGAGAAGGCGGACUACUCUGGCUUUGAGGCAUGGCUGCAGUGUUACUAUGUGGAUGGAAUGAAAUCCAUCCGGGACCACAAUGGCAGAACUAUGUGGUUCAAAGGAGAUCCUGGACCCAUGGCACCAAAAGAUGCAAAGUCACCCAAGAAAAAAAGUAAAGCAAAGAAAGAAGACGACCAUGAUUAUACAGCAAAGAAAAAGGUGACCAAGAAAGGCCCCACAAAGAGAGCAGCUAUCAAACAGGAAACUGCAACCAAAACCCCAAAGAAAGAAAAGGAUGCAGAGAUGGAAGCCGGAUACAAGAGAAGAAAGACUGGAAAAAAGGGAGAAGAAAAAUCUCCACUGCUUGGAAAGACUUCAGUGGCACAGAAGAGGAAGGCCAGCAGUGCAGAGCCAAUAAUCUCAGGUGCAGGUACGCAAACUCGCAGUGGGAGAGUGACCAGACAAAGUAGCAAGUAAAACUCUAAGGGAUAAACCACUACAAACUGACAGUUUUUUAAAGAUUUUGUACAUUGUACGUAAAUAUUUUUUAAAUAAAAUACGCUUUUACAAAAAUG